AUGGGCACCACAUCGAGCGGCUUCGAGGCUUUGCAGGAACCCUUCGAUGCCAUCGACUUUCAGAAGGUUGUGAAUACGUGGUUGGCACCAAUGCACCUGCAGUGCAGCAACCCUCUUCAAGUAGGUUGGUACAACAAGGCUAGAUCUGAGACUGCAGAUGGUACACAGACGAUUGAUGCGCCAGAUGAUGCGGUGGCGUUUGCUAUUUAUUCUGUGCCGAGAUACUUGGAGGUUGUUCUGGAGCACUACGCGCGAGAGAAACCAGCCAAGGAUCUCGUGGAUGGUGCCACGAACAGCAUUCUCGAUGCUCUUCGCCUUCGAAUUCCCAGUGCGCUUGAUGCGCAGGUCAUCAAUACAGAUAAAGGACCACCCUAUUUCCAUGUGCAAACGAUUGGUGCGGUUUGUGCCGAAGAUCAACACGUUGAAGCCGAGGAUGUGACGGGCGAUGGAAGUGAUGAGUGGCGAGAGGAUUUGUCAGAUCGUUUGGAGGAGGUGCGCGACCCAAAAAUGUGGGGAACCGAAUCAGAAAUGCGGAGGAAGAUAUUUGCGGUGAAUGUUCACCCUGUCUGGGGAGGAUGGUAUGCUUACCGCGCUUUGGUAGUUCUUCGGAAUGGGAGACAGGCGCUGGAACAGCAAAAGCCCUUGGACUUUCUCAGCAAUGAGGAAAAGAAGAAGAGUCUGUCGGAGUACAACCUCAGGCAUCAACUCUGCCUGUGGCGAGACCUAUCCGAGACCCAUCCUCCAGACAGGAGAUAUAGUCCAGAUGAAUUCUUCUUUUUUACAGAGACAUCUCCAGAAAAGCGAAGGCGUUUCCUUGAUAUGAAGGUGUCGUACAUGACCGCCAUACCCGCGCCACGAUGGAGCUAG